GCCCCUGGCGGGCGGCGGCGCCGGGCGUGAGGGCGGUGGUGCAGUCUGCACCAUGGCGUACCCGGGGCACCCUGGCGCCGGCGGCGGGUACUACCCGGGCGGGUAUGGAGGGGCUCCCGGAGGGCCUUCAUUUCCUGGACAAACUCAGGAUCCACUGUAUGGUUACUUUGCUGCAGUAGCUGGACAGGAUGGGCAGAUAGAUGCUGAUGAGUUGCAGAGGUGUCUUACACAGUCAGGCAUUGCUGGAGGAUACAAACCUUUUAACCUGGAGACCUGUCGACUUAUGGUUUCAAUGCUGGAUAGAGAUAGGUCUGGCACCAUGGGAUUCAAUGAAUUUAAGGAACUCUGGGCUGUGCUGAAUGGUUGGAGACAACACUUCAUCAGUUUUGACAGUGACAGAAGUGGAACGGUGGACCCUCAAGAGCUGCAGAAGGCCUUGAUGACUAUGGGAUUUAGAUUGAGUCCGCAAACUGUGAAUUCAGUUGCAAAACGAUAUAGCACCAGUGGGAAGAUCACCUUUGAUGACUACAUUGCCUGUUGUGUCAAACUGAGAGCUCUCACAGAUAGCUUUCGAAGACGGGAUUCUGGUCAGCAAGGUGUUGUGAACUUCUCAUAUGAUGAUUUCAUUCAGUGUGUCAUGACUGUGUGAAUCAAAAGGAAGCUGUAUGAACAUAAUCAACAUUCCAACUGGAAUUUGACUUUGCUUCAGUUUGUAACAUGUAUAAAAUUACAGCAACAUUCCCCUGGCAGCCAUUGAAAUAGAUUAUUACUUUAUGUACAACUGAAGCUUCAUUUUUGAUUUCAAUAAUAAAUUCUUCAGAGUUUUAAUAAUA